CGCGCAAACUGAUAAAGAAGAAAAUGAAAUGUAAGAAAUGCCACCACAGCAUGAAGCUGACCAAGAAGAGGAGGACUGCGGACCAUUAUGCUUGGAUAUGUCGACGGACUGCCCACAAAACCACACACACCUCCGUGCGGCAGAAUUCCGUCUUCAGCCACUCCAAAGUCCCCUUUCAAAAGUGGAUCGAGUUCAUGUACAGAUUUUCUCAAGGUCUCAGACUCCGGCAGAUCGACAUGAUGCAAGAUGAAAUUGCCCAGAGUUCUACUACACUGUCCAAAAUGAAUAAAAAGCUGAGGGACAGCUGUGUUUCGGCAAUGGACAGAUUCAGGCAUCGCACAGGACAGCGGAUUGGCGGAAGGAGGGAGUUUGUGGCGAUUGACGAGAGUCAUUUUCGUCACAAGAGGAAGUAUGGGAGAGGACGAGUAGCAGGAGCUUGGCAGAGGAAGAAGUGGGUAUUUGGAAUGCUGGCUGUGAGGCGGGGGAAAACCCGCAAACCCAUCCUCCGCCUGGUUGAGAGGCGUUCAAGGAGACACCUGGUGCCAAUCAUACAACGCCACGUGAAACCGGGAACGGCCAUCAUAAGUGAUGAAUGGCGGGCCUACCGUGUCCUCUCAAAUGCUGGGUAUGUGCACCACAGAGUCAACCACAGUAGGUGGUUUGUUGACCAGAGGAGUGGUGCACAUACCCAGCAUAUUGAGAGAGGCUGGAGGCAUUACAAGGAGCACAUAUGGAGGUUGAGGGGCAACCGUACAGAGAGCUUGCUCUCGGACCACCUAUCCUGGAUAGAGUGGCACGAGUGGUUGGGGAGGAAGCACCACCACGGUGUUUUUGGGAGGCUCCUCCAUGACGUUGCCAAAAUGUACAGAUAG